AAUGGAAAAAAAUCUAUAUAAGAAAGACUUCAAAGGUCUUCAAACAUUGCUUUUCUCGGAAGAAUCAAAGCUAAAAUCAUGACCGUUACUAUUCUUCUUGAAAUUUUCUUGAUUCUUCUCUCUGGUCAGAAUCUGCAAGCUCAAGCAGGAGACCGUUUCAUCAGUACAAAUGGAUUGCAUUUUACGAUUAACGGCAGCCUGUUCUUCUCUAAUGGGUUUAAUUCGUAUUGGCUCAUGAACGUGGCAUCGGAUCCGUCUCAGAGAGACAAGGUCUCCACUGCCUUCAAAGAAGCUUCGAUCAAUGGACUCACUAUAGCCAGAACUUGGGCUUUCAAUGACGGUGGUAGCAACGCCUUGCAAUACUCUCCCGGAUCCUACAAUGAACAAAUGUUCCAGGGCUUGGAUUUUGUGAUUUCCGAGGCAAGAAGAUAUGGUAUCUGGCUUAUUCUUAGUCUCGUGAAUAACUACGAGAACUUUGGAGGGAAGCCACAAUAUGUUCAGUGGGCAAGGAAUCAAGGAGAGAGCAUUGGAUCUGAUGACGAGUUCUUUACUAAUAAUGUUGUUAAAGGUUAUUACAAGAAUCACGUCAAGACUGUUCUCACACGAAAAAACACACUAACGGGUGUUGCUUAUAAGGAUGACCCCACAAUCUUUGCCUGGGAGCUUAUGAAUGAGGCCAGAUGCCCUUCAGAUACGUCUGGAAAAACUUUACAGGCAUGGAUCACUGAGAUGUCUGCUCAUGUGAAAUCCAUAGAUAGCAAUCACUUGCUCGAAGUUGGCUUGGAAGGAUUUUACGGGUCCUCAUCACCUUCUGAGUUGCCAACAAAUCUUACUGGGUUUCAAGUGGGAACUGACUUCAUCUCCAAUAAUCAAAUUUCAGGAAUUGAUUUCACCACUCUCCAUUCAUAUCCAGACCAAUGGAUUUCAAACUCCAGUGAUUAUUCUCAGCUUCAAUUCUCUAAUAACUGGCUUGAUGCCCACAUAAGAGAUGCCAGCAACAUUCUCCAUAAGCCCCUUCUUAUAACUGAGUUUGGCAAAUCCAUGAAGGAUCCUGGGUUCAGCACCCCCAAAAGAGAUGAUCUUUUUCAAGCAGUCUACUCUAAAGUCUACCAAUCUGCUAGUAGAGGAGGAGCAGCAGCGGGUGGCCUCUUCUGGCAGCUCCUUGUUGAAGGCAUGGACUCAUUAAAAGAUGGAUAUGAGGUCGUACUGAAUGAAACUCCAAGUACGACAAGAGUUAUAUCUGGUCAGUCUGGUCAGCUUCAACACCUCAGAAAAUUGUAUGCAAAUAAAAGUGAAGAUUGCAAGGCUAAAGAAGCCAAAGGCCAUGAGAAAUGUAACUAAUACUCGUUAACAAAAUGCAGCUGCUUCAUUUCAUCCCUUAGUAUUUUUCUUUGAGAGGUAUUCAAUUCAUCUUUUAAAAAGAUGUUCACUUCGUGUUUUUUAUUAUAUUAACAAUUGAGAUUUUAUGUUUUGCUAAGUAAUAUGUUAUCAAGUAUAAUUAA